UUGGGCGGGAGCCGUUGGGCGGCGGCCGUUAAGCGCGAGCCUGAGGCGGGCAGUGCUGCGGCCGCCGGGUCUGCGUCUCCUCACGGGAAACACGUCCCGCUUUUACAGCUCCGGCCCGAGCUCCAGCUCCCAACAGCGCCACACGGCAGAUGCUGCGGCCCCGCCAUCGUGGCCACUUCGCUCCUCUCGAAUCAGGUUCAUGAGACUCUUACUGGGGCGCCCGUAACGGGAUCCCGUGUUCAAGGUGCCACGUCAGGAGUGCCGAAUAAAAAGCGAUAAUCGCUAGGAUGCUGUUAGACCACCGGCCCUGUCAGGCUGCGCUGCGAGAUCGUGUUUAAUCAAGUGUCCACUGGGGCAGCUCAUCCCAAUGCAUCGCUCAGCCCAUCCCAGACACAGGACUUUGCGGUUUUCCUCGACCUCCAUGAGAUUCCUGUCAGCCCCAUUCUUUUGGCUUGUCCAGGUCCCUCUGAACAGCAGCCCUGCCCUUGAGUGGAAUUAUUGCCUUCUCCGUUAAUGGUAAUUAGAACAGUCAGCUUCCUUCAUUAACCUGGUAAAUCGACCAGAAAAAAUAAGAGAGCACUGUACAGGUCUGAGCUGCCUUCCUGUCCAAUACAGAAAUUACUUCUUUGUUUGGCCAAGGCUAUCUUGGCUUGGAAAUAGUUUGUGACAGAGAAUUUUCUAACAAUUGCUCCAAAAAAUUAAAAGCCCAGUUGUUAAAACAUGUACAAACUUCUUUUCCUCAGUAGAGAAAACAGUAGGAAUUAACAGCUUCUGGAUUUUGUCACACCCUUGGCCAGUUUGUCUUAUGAGGCUCCUUUAUAUUACUCCUGUAUUUCUCCAUAGAAAUCUGGGCUUUGAUCAAACCAUUCCUUAAGUUACAGGUCUGGCCUUUAUUUACUGACAGAGAAGUGGACUCAGCAUUAGUGUCUGGGGACCGAAGCAAAGAUUGCUCUUUGUCAGGAGGAAUUCAGCAGCAGCAACAGCCUUCCACUGUUCCUCCAACACCACGCGAGCAGGCAGACAGGCCUGCCCCAGCAUCACUCGCAUCAAGCAAAAAUGAAACAGUGACAGCAAAUUUCCUCAUUUGCUACUUCUCAGGAGUAGGUCACCUCUCCCAGUGACUUCAAGAGAGAUUUUCUCCUCACUAGGUAUUCAAAAAGUACCUGCCAUUACCAAAAAAGAUUUUUGUCAACAGCUUCCCAGCAUUGCACAGAUCCCCACCUUUCUGAGCUGUAACCUUCUCACCACCACAACUAAUGCCAGCUGAGGAUUAGGACUCCACCAUUGUGACUCCAAUUAUUCUCAGAACAGAUCCACAGGGAUUUUUCUUUUACUGGACAGAUCAAAAUAAGGAGACUGAGCUGCUAGAUAUCAGCCUUGUCAAAGAUGCCAGAUGCGGAAAACAUGCCAGAGCUCCCAAGGAUCCAAAACUACGUGAACUUUUGGAUGCUGGGAACAUAGGAGGUCGACUGGAAAAUCGAAUGAUAACUGUUGUCUAUGGUCCGGACCUGGUCAAUAUAUCGUACUUGAACUUGGUGGCAUUCCAGGAGGACAUAGCAAAGGAAUGGUCAGAUGAAGUGUUCAGUUUGGCAACAAAUUUGUUGGCACAGAACAUGUCAAGGGACGCGUUUCUGGAAAAAGCUUACACGAAACUUAAGCUGCAGGUGACUCCAGAAGGGCGGAUUCCUCUGAAGAACAUAUACCGCUUGUUUUCUGCUGACAGAAAACGAGUAGAGACCGCGUUAGAAGCUUGUAAUCUUCCAUCUUCCAGGAAUGAUUCGAUUCCUCAAGACGACUUCACGCCAGACGUGUACAGGGUGUUCUUAAACAACCUCUGCCCUCGGCCUGAGAUCGACCACAUCUUUUCUGAGUUUGGUGCCAAGAGCAAACCAUACCUUACUGUUGACCAGAUGAUGGAAUUCAUAAAUCUUAAGCAACGUGAUCCACGAUUAAAUGAAAUCCUUUACCCACCAUUAAAACAGGAACAAGUUCAACAGCUGAUUGAGAAGUACGAACCCAACAGUAACCUGGCAAAGAAAGGACAGAUAUCAGUGGAUGGAUUUAUGCGAUAUCUGAGUGGAGAAGAGAACGGCGUUGUUCCACCCGAGAAACUGGAUUUAAAUGAAGAUAUGUCACAGCCACUGUCACACUAUUUCAUCAACUCCUCACACAACACCUACCUCACAGCUGGACAGCUGGCCGGUAACUCAUCGGUGGAGAUGUAUCGGCAAGUGCUCUUGUCAGGCUGCCGCUGUGUGGAGCUGGACUGCUGGAAAGGGCGAACAGCUGAAGAAGAGCCGGUCAUUACACACGGGUUCACGAUGACAACAGAAAUAUCCUUCAAGGAAGUAAUAGAAGCUAUUGCUGAAUGCGCGUUUAAGACAUCGCCCUUUCCAAUCCUUCUUUCCUUUGAAAAUCAUGUGGAUUCUCCUAAACAACAGGCAAAAAUGGCAGAGUACUGCAGAUUAAUAUUUGGAGAUGCACUGCUUAUGGAUCCAUUGGAAAAAUACCCGCUUGAACCUGGUGUUCCUCUUCCAAGCCCCAUGGAUUUAAUGUACAAAAUUCUGGUGAAGAAUAAAAAGAAGUCACAUAAAUCUGCAGAUGGAAGUGCAAAAAAGAAGCUCUCGGAGCAAGCUUCCAACACAUGCAGCGAUACUUCUAGUAUGUUUGAACCUUCCUCCCCUGGAGCAGGAGAAGCAGAGAUUGAAAGCGAUGAUGAUGAUGACUAUGAUGAUGACUGUAAAAAGUCGUCGAUGGAUGAAGGUACUGCUGGAAGUGAGGCUAUGGCCACAGAAGAGAUGUCUAACCUGGUGAACUACAUUCAGCCUGUGAAGUUUGAGUCAUUUGAAGUGUCAAAAAAACGCAACAAAAGUUUUGAAAUGUCUUCCUUUGUGGAAACCAAAGGGCUUGAGCAACUUACGAAGUCUCCUGUGGAAUUUGUGGAAUACAACAAAAUGCAGCUAAGCCGAAUUUACCCAAAGGGAACACGUGUAGAUUCUUCGAACUACAUGCCACAAGUCUUUUGGAAUGCCGGCUGCCAAAUGGUUGCUCUUAACUUCCAAACUGUAGAUUUGUCUAUGCAAAUAAACAUGGGAAUGUACGAGUACAAUGGCAAAAGCGGAUACAGGUUAAAGCCAGAAUUCAUGAGAAGACCAGACAAACACUUUGAUCCAUUUACUGAAAGCAUAGUGGAUGGAAUAGUAGCUAACACCUUGUCUGUCAAGAUAAUUUCAGGUCAGUUUCUUUCUGAUAAAAAAGUCGGUACCUAUGUAGAGGUGGACAUGUUCGGCCUGCCUGUGGAUACAAGAAGAAAAGCUUUGAAGACCAAGACCUCUCAAGGCAAUGCAGUUAAUCCCAUCUGGGAAGAGGAAACCAUAGUCUUUAAGAAGGUUGUUCUGCCUUCCCUGGCAUGUCUGAGGCUAGCAGUGUAUGAAGAAGGAGGGAAAUUUAUUGGUCACCGGAUAUUACCAGUCUCAGCAAUUCGACCAGGCUAUCACUACAUCUGUUUGAGGAAUGAGAGGAACCAGCCUUUGACACUGCCAGCUCUCUUUGUGUACAUAGAGGUCAAAGACUAUGUACCUGAUACUUACGCAGAUGUGAUUGAGGCCUUAUCCAAUCCAAUCAGAUAUGUAAACUUGAUGGAGCAGAGAGCUAAGCAGCUGGCUGCACUGACUCUGGAAGAUGAAGAAGAGGUUAAGAAAGAGAUUGACCAUGGAGAUUCACCAUCUGAAGCAAACAAUGAACCUAGGCCAACACCAGCAGAAAAUGGAGUAAAUUACACUGCCUCCCCUACACCGAAACCAGCAACUCAGGUUGUCCAUAGCCAACCAGCACCAGGUUCGGUGAAAGCACCUGCAAAGACAGAAGAUCUAAUUCAGAGUGUCCUCACAGAAGUGGAAGCACAGACGAUUGAGGAGCUAAAGCAACAGAAGUCUUUUGUUAAGCUACAGAAGAAACACUACAAGGAAAUGAAGGACCUUGUGAAGAGGCACCACAAGAAAACCACUGACCUUAUCAAAGAGCACACUGCAAAGUAUAAUGAAAUCCAAAACGACUACCUGCGACGAAGAGCAGUCUUAGAAAAAACAGCAAAAAGAGACAGUAAGAAAAGAUCUGAAACGGGCAGCCCAGACCACGGUUCUUCGACUAUCGAACAGGAAUUAGCUGCGCUCGACUCUGAAAUGACCCAGAAGCUCGUUGAGCUGAAGGAGAAGCAACAACAGCAGCUGCUAAAUCUCCGACAGGAGCAAUAUUACAGUGAAAAGUACCAGAAACGAGAGCACAUUAAGCUGCUUAUUCAGAAGUUGACAGAUGUAGCAGAGGAGUGUCAGAACAGCCAGCUAAAGAAACUGAAAGAAACAUGUGAAAAAGAAAAGAAAGAAUUGAAGAAAAAAAUGGACAAGAAGAGACAGGAGAAGAUCACAGAAGCAAAGUCCAAGGAUAAAAAUCAAAUGGAAGAAGAGAAGACCGAAAUGAUUCGAUCCUAUAUCCAGGAGGUGGUGCAGUACAUUAAACGGCUAGAAGAUGCUCAGAGUAAAAGACAGGAGAAACUUGUAGAAAAACACAAGGAGAUUCGUCAGCAAAUACUGGAUGAAAAGCCUAAGUUGCAGGUGGAACUUGAUCAGGAAUAUCAAGACAAAUUCAAAAGACUGCCUUUGGAAAUUCUGGAGUUCGUACAGGAAGCCAUGAAGGGCAAAAUCAGUGAAGAUGGAGACCACAGUUCUGCCCCCUCUUCCCUGGCAUCUGACAGCGGAAAAUCAAAUCAUAAACCUCUGCAAAGUGAAGAGGAAUUGGAAGAAGAUAAUCCAGAAAAAGUGUUUGAUACUACUUUUUAACUGCCCAAGAAACAAUCAGAGCGCCCGGGCGCAGCGCUCCCCAGCUGCCCGUCUCUGCUCUCCCGACGUGAGCUGCUGUGGAAGCGCUUCGGGAGCCUGGAGGAAUCUGCAUUCAAGUGCACAUUUCCCAAAAGGAACACUUUAUAAAAAGUAUCGUGCAAAGGUCUUCAUUCUCAUUCUUCAUCUUAUUAUUAUUCUAAAGCUUAGUGCAGUUGUAAUGGGAAAAUUAAUAUGUUAACCAUCCUCUCCUCUUUUUUUUUUGGCCAAUUUACAAUGGGUGAUUUUCUGGCCAUGUUCACUGUUAAGAAUGUUUAAUGAAGACCAGUGUAUUGUACAGAGACAAAUGUGUGCAGAUUUCCUUUUGAAGUGCCAGUGCAAAGUGCUCCAAACUAAUACAGCUCCUAGAGAAUAUUAUAACAGUACUUAAUCAUAUUUGUUUCCUUCUUUAUAACUGCACCUUGACAGCUGUACCAUCAUUUUACAUUUGCACUGAAACAUUUAAUCCUUUUUAGCGUUGCAAGCACUGGUGGCUUGCUGUCUUGAUAUUACGUUUAUCACACGGAAAGAAAUAUAUUUGCUGCUGAAAAUUCUUGGAACUGUGGGGACAAGAGGAAAACAAAGAGAAGAACUCUGCCUGGAGAUUGUCGGUGUCUGUGUACCUCUGUGUUUGUUAUACUGUGUGAGUGCAUAUAUGUUCAUAUAUAUAUAUAUAAAUAUAUAUAUAGCUAUAUGUGCACACACAUCCGUCUAUAUACACACACGGCAUGUUUCUAUUUGAAGUCGGCGUGGUCUCUUGGCCAAAUUAAACGUUUCAGGGAUACGUGAGUAGAGAGAAUCAUUAUGAAAGCUAAUAUGUGGGUUAUACUGCUAUAAAAUAGUCAUUGAAUCAUACAGUUCUUUUUGUGGUGUUAGUGUUGUAAAUCAAAGUAGUUUUAGAGUAUAAAUUUGAUAUAUAUUUUGCAGACUCAAAAGUAUUGAUUUUAAGUAUCAUAUUUUAAGCUUACUGAAUUUGAUAGGAUUAUAAAACGUUUAGGACUACAGUAUUUGAAAUCUAACGGAAUCUUCCAUUAUUUUUAAGACUGAGGUUCAGUUUUACUAAGGUCUGAAAUUUAAAAGCAAAAUAUAAAAACCUGGUCACUGUUAUUUAAAACUGUAUAUUAAUCCAUUUAACUGACUUCUUAAGAACAAUCAAAGUUAGUGUACUGUAUGAUAUGCAUGAGAGAAGUAACAGCACAUGUUGAGAAAUUUAUAUCAGACGACAGAGAGAUUUUGUUAAAGUCAGGACGUUUGAAAAGGUAAAUAAAUGCUAUUCUCUGGAUUCCCGUGCUAACAGAAAUAGGAAUUACAAAAUGUUACAAACGGAUUCUUAUUUGUACCCAAGCCAAUGCAUAAUGCGCGAGGCCUUUUCCUCAGCUGCGCCGUGAAGAGGCGUCUUAGGGCAAAGGAUAAACGGGCUCAAAAGACAGAGAUUAGUGUUGAGAGGCCUGAUCCUGCAAACUGGCAGAAAUGACUUUUCCUGCACACGACAGGGCUCAGUGCAGCUGUGCUGGGGAAUAGCAUUCACAUACACAUUUGCAAGAUCGGGGCCUUAGUUUGUAUUUAAAAAGCAAUCGGAGAAAGAAUUCAAUUACAUAGGGAGGCAUUUUAAUACAUCGUAACAGUUAAGUUACUUUACUUCCAUUCCCUCAGGAUUUUAGUACUUUAAAGUAACUUAUUUUAUUUAAAUUUAAGCAAUAAAAUACAAAUCAAGCUUAAGUUUUCAGUUAAAUAAUGGUGUGUAUAUAUAUAAGUUCAAAUCUUGGAAAACAAACAGUAUUUUCAUGUUUCUUUUUUAACCUUAGAGCAGAAAGAAAGAAAAAUUGCACAUUGUUUGGAGAUCAUAUUUUGGAUUAAACUAUUCUGGGUUAUGAUGAUGAAAUUGGUGAACAUGAAAUUCAAAAAUCUGACUUUCAUCUUAAUGCUAGGAAAAGUGAAUCCUCAGCUAAUCCUUGUUUUGCACUUUGAAAUCCAUCUUAAUCACUCAUUGAAAGCGUAGAGAGUCAAGAUGUAAUGCUGCAUUUUAUAAAGUUAAAAUGACAUAUUGUCUAAAUUAUUAAAAGAAUAAACUGAUAGCAGUGUUGACAAUAAAACUGAAGACUAUUGCGUUAUAGAAACCGUUGUACAGUGCAGGCUUUUCGGUAAAAUCUUAGCUCCUUUGAUUUUCAGCGCUACAUUCUCAUGGAUUUCAGUGGAGCCAGGACUUCACCGCGGGCUUCAAAGAAACUUGGGCAAAUACCAAUUAACCUUUUAUUUAUAUUUAAAAAAAAUAAACAUACCGGUUGGGUUAACUAUACUCUCAGCUGUAGUCAUUUUACAGUAAGUUUGUAUUUGACCAUUUCCUGUACUCACAUUUUUUUAUAUCUGUACAGUGCCACUUUCUGCAGGUGUAAGGUAGUGUGUAAUACUGUACAUCUUGCAUCGUUCAAACUAUUUCAGUGAAACAGAUAUCAUUUAAUAUUGAUAUUACUUGAACUAGAGUAAGAUAAUGAAAAAAGGGUCUUUAUGAUGUGCAAGUCUUGUGCCUUUUAUGUAUUUGCCUUGUUCCGUGUUGAAUGUGUGGAAAUGCUGUAUCGUGGACUUUCUGCUGUAUAGAAUAGAGCUGUCUAUAUUAAACUAGGUCGUGCACUUCAGAUAUCUUUACACUACUGAAAAUAGCUUGGUUUUGGCAGCAUAAACAGAAUUUUAAAAAUUCUAAUGAAGGCCAGACAUUUUAGAUUUAACAUGUUCAUAAUUAUGUUAAUUAAUGCUCAUGUAUUAGCUAAACAUUCACUGAAAGAUAACUAAAGGGACAUCACUGCUUGCCUUUCUUUGAAAUCAGUGUUGCUCUUGUACAUUGUAUUAAUAGUGUCUGUGAUUGAUUAGUCCUUGAUGAUUUGCUUUCGAAGUAGGAUGAAAUAUUUCAGUUAACAUGUACAUAUUUUUCGGUUCCUCAAGCUAUGAUUGUUUCAGAGGCAUAAUUCACAUUUUUGUAAAAAUUCUAUGCAAUUUUGUGGCAUGAUGUUUCUUCCACUUGUAAUUUUAUGUGCUUACAUUACAGAUCCAAAGGACAAAUAAAAAUUUCUUAACACAA